UCGCCCCGAACAGUUUGUUUUGAUUUUGCUAUUUACGAAAUCAGGAGCAUGGCGACGGAGGUGUCCCAACUUUUGCUGGCUGUGGUCCAGGGCAUUCCAGCCGGCGCCACCAACGACGACCUGACCAAGGCGCUGCCCGAUGUCCCAGCGGCCACGCGGGUGGAGGCAUUGAAUAUACUGCUACAGCAGGGCGGCAUUGAGAUCCUGAAGAAGGGCGAGAAGCUGGUGUACCGCGCCAAGGAUCCGGAGAAGAAGAGCGCCCUGCCCAAGGAUGCGGACAACGAGGAGAAGGUGGUCUACGGCAUCGUGGAGGAGGGCGGCAACAAGGGCAUCUGGAUACGGGACAUACGCAUGAAGUCCAACCUGAACAUGAUACAGCUCAACAAGAUUCUCAAGAACCUGGAGACUAAGAAGCUCAUCAAGGCGGUCAAGUCGGUGAACGCCAGCAAAAAGAAGGUGUAUAUGCUGUACAACCUGGAGCCGGAUCUCUCCAUUACGGGCGGUGCUUGGUAUCAGGAUCAGGACUUUGAGGUGGAAUUCGUCGAUGUGCUCAACCAGCAGUGCCUGCGCUUCCUGCAAAUGAAGCGCGACAGUGCGGAGAAGAAGCGCGAGGGGCCUUUGGCCUUCAAGCAGAUGUCCUGCUGCACGGUCAACGAGGUUCAGAAGUUCAUCUCGGAUCUGGGCAUCAGCAAGGUCAAUCUGGCGGAGGCCGAUCUGGAGACCAUCCUCAAAACGGUGGUGUACGACGGCAAUGCGGAGCGAGUGCGUCAGCAGGACGGAACCCACGUCUACCGGGCGGUCAACUCGCCACUUCCGCCCACGGGACUGGUGCAAAUGCCCUGCGGCAUUUGUCCGGUGAUCAAAAACUGCUCCAAUUGCGGCGAUGUAACUGCCAUAACCUGUGAAUAUAUGCGAGAUUGGUUGGAUUGAAUAGUUAACUG